UGACAUUGACGUAAUUGGCUUUGAUUAGAGAAAGAUUGUGAUUUGAUUUUCAAAUGUGUUACAAUUUUUAUUGAUUAGCGAUUUGUGGAUAAAUAAUAAAAUUUAUAGCUUUAUUACAACAAUUAAUAAUUAUAAGUAUAACAUGCCAGUAGUUAAUAGUUUGCAGUACCACUAACACUGUAGUAUGUGAUAGAACAAACGACGAUAAAAUGUCUUUAGAACAGACCGCCUGUGAUGACUUGAAGGCUUUUGAGAGGCGUCUCACAGAAGUCAUAGCAUGUCUCCAGCCAGCCACUAUGAGAUGGAGAAUUCUCCUGGCAGUGGUAUCGGUAUGCACCGCUAUAGCUGCCUGGCACUGGCUGACUGAUCCACUCACACCAGUAGUGUCAUUGACACAGUCAUUAUGGAAUCAUCCCUUCUUUGCAUUCACUUCUACAUUUUUAGUGUUAUUGUUUAUGAUGGGAGUGCAUAGAAAAGUGAUUGCACCGAGUAUCAUAACAGCUCGGACAAGGUCCGUCCUCAAUGAUUUCAACAUGUCUUGCGAUGAAACUGGGAAGCUGAUUCUGAAGCCACGACCCGCAAACUCCUAAAAUAGUUAAUGUGUUCUCCAAUGGCGAGCACAGGCUUUUUAACUAGGGUAUGCACAAUAGGUGCAAAAUGGAAAAUUCCUGUCGCAAUACAGGUUCGUAAUGAGUUCUUAGGGUAGGCAGGGCAUUUUUGCAUCUAUGGUGUGAUCGCUACUGAUGGCAUGCAUUGACAGACUAAAAAAAGCACUGCCUACCCUGAGCUGCUCAUUACAAACCUGUAUUUGAUAGUCAGGGAUCCAUAGAACAUUUUGUACAAUAGAUUACUAACAAAAUUAUUUUUUUGUAGACGCUCAAAAAUUUUCAUUUCCUGGUAACACAAUUAACUACUAGAAUCAAGAAUUUUCGUAAAUAUAAAAAGUUGAUCGUCUCAUCAAGAUGUAGCUACUCUCGAAAAAUUAACUUGAUAGUAAUCAAAGUGCCUAGUAGAAGUUUUCAAUAUUUUCAUACUGUGACGAUCGCGUAAACGCAAACGCGAAUGUAUAUGGAAUUAAAACAGAUGUCCCACUAGGUGGCGCUGUUUCAAUUCCUUACAAUUUCGCGUUUACGUUACGCGACCGUCAUAGUGUGAAAACUGCAACUAGACACUCAGUUGUAAAAAAUGUUCUAAUUAUCCCGGACUAUGAAUGUGUAAUUUGUGCAUACAGUGCCUAACCUAGUUAAAAGCCUUAUGCACGCCACUGGUGUUCUUUGUAUAUAAACAUAUUGUUUAAGUAAAAUGUUGUUUCAAUUCUGUUAAUAUGUCAACAAAUAAAACCAAUUAUAGAGAGA